GUCUCCCCACGCGGAUUGUUCUGGAGCUUUCUAGCAGUUUCGUUGAAUGCGGAUAUUAGCGGCCGGCGUCAGGGUCAGUCAGUGAGAGGCGGGCGCCGGCAGGAGAGCACCUCACAGCACACACAGGAGAGCCAACUGACAAAGACGAGUGUUAUAUACAGAAACAUACAUAUUAUAUUUUGAAAGACGCCACUACCACCCACAGCAGUAGCUAAACACCCAAAACACGCAGCAUCAUCAUCAUGUCGGUGGUGGGGAUCGAUGUGGGUUUCCAGAACUGCUAUAUCGCCGUGGCCAGGAGCGGAGGCAUCGAGACCAUCGCCAACGAGUACAGCGACAGGUGCACCCCGUCUUGUGUAUCACUGGGAGCUAAGAACCGUGCUGUUGGAGCUGCUGCCAAAACUCAGAUCGUGAGUAAUGCAAAGAAUACUAUUCAAGGAUUUAAGCGAAUGCAUGGAAGGACUUUUGAAGACCCAUUUCUGCAGACUGAAAAGAACAAACUGUCAUAUGAGCUUCAGAAAAUGCCGAGCGGUGGCGUUGGAAUUAAAGUGCGUUACAUGGAUGAAGACCGUGUUUUUGCUAUUGAGCAGGUGACUGGAAUGUUGAUGACUAAACUGAAGGAGACUUCAGAGAGUGCACUGAGGAAACCAGUGGCAGAUUGUGUCAUUUCGGUUCCUAGCUUUUUCACUGAUCUAGAAAGGAGGUCUGUGAUUGAUGCUGCUCAAGUGGCAGGGCUCAACUGUUUGCGGCUAAUGAAUGACACCACUGCAGUUGCUCUUGCUUACGGUAUCUACAAACAAGAUCUACCUACCCCAGAGGAGAAACCAAGGAAUGUGGUGUUUGUAGAUAUGGGACAUUCAGCCUAUCAAGUUUCCAUUUGUGCGUUUAACAAGGGAAAACUUAAGGUUCUUGCAACUGCUUUUGAUCCCUAUUUGGGGGGUAGGAAUUUUGAUGAGGUAUUAGUAGAAUACUUCUGUGAAGAAUUUAAGACCAAAUACAAGCUGAACGUGAAGAGCAAUAUCCGAGCAGUACUUCGUCUAUAUCAAGAGUGUGAGAAAUUGAAGAAGCUAAUGAGUGCAAAUGCUUCUGAUCUCCCGAUGAAUAUAGAAUGCUUCAUGAAUGAUAUUGACGUUUCUGGUAAAAUGAACAGACCUCAGUUUGAAGAACUUUGUGCCUCUUUUUUAACCAGAGUGGAGCCACCUUUGAAAAGCAUCAUGGAACAAGCCAAAUUACAGUUUGAAGACAUUUACUCUAUUGAAAUUUUGGGUGGAGCCACAAGAAUUCCAGCCGUAAAAGAACGAAUUGGGAAAUUCUUUGGCAAGGACAUCAGCACGACCCUUAAUGCUGAUGAAGCUGUGGCCCGAGGCUGUGCACUACAGUGUGCAAUACUUUCCCCUGCAUUCAAAGUGCGUGAAUUUUCCAUCACUGAUGUAGUUCCUUUCCCAAUCACUUUGAAAUGGAAAUCUACAAGUGAGGAAGGAUUGGGGGAGUGUGAAGUUUUCAACAAAAACCACGCAGCACCAUUCUCUAAAGUCAUCACCUUCUACAAAAAGGAACCAUUUGACCUUGAAGCAUAUUACAGUUCUCCACAGGAAUUACCGUAUCCAGAUUCUAGAAUAGGUCGCUUUACUAUUCAAAAUGUGACUCCUCAAACUGAUGGUGAAAACUCCAAAGUGAAAGUCAAAGUCCGUGUGAAUGUCCAUGGCAUUUUCAGUGUCUCUAGUGCAUCGCUGAUUGAGAAACUAAAAGAGGGAGGCCAGGGUGAAGAGGUUCCCAUGGAAACAGACCACACUCAGCGUGUGGCUAAUACAAAACUGGAUGACCAGGUCAAUAUGCAGGUUGAUCAGGAAGAUGUGCCUCCACAGCAAAAAGACCAGGAAGAGCAAAAUCCAACUUCUCAGGAGAUCCCAAAAGCUGGUUCUGAAGCAAAGAGUGAGACUACUGGAGAAAAUAAACCAGACAGUACAAAACCCAAGAUAAAGGUGAAGAGUGUGGACUUGCCGAUAAAAUGUGAACUCCUCCAACAGCUUGGCCAGGAUCUCCUCAACAACUUUGUUGAAAAUGAGGGGAAGAUGAUUAUGCAAGACAAGCUAGAAAAGGAGAGAAAUGAUGCUAAAAAUGCAGUUGAAGAAUAUGUGUAUGAAAUCAGAGACAAAUUGUGUGGAAUUUAUGAGAAAUUCAUCAGUGAAGAGGACAAAAGUAAAUUUUCAUUACUGCUGGAGGACACUGAAAAUUGGCUUUAUGAAGAUGGAGAGGACCAGCCCAAACAAGUGUAUCUUGAUAAACUGGAGGAGCUAAAGAGACUUGGGCAACCAGUUCAGAACAGAUUUAAGGAGCAUGAGGAGAGGCCAAAGGCAUUUGACGAGUUGGGCAAAAAGAUCCAACUGUUUAUGAAGGUUGCUGAAUCGUAUAAAAAUAAGGAUGAGAAAUAUGAUCAUAUUGAACCAACUGCAAUGGACAGUAUGGAGAAAAAUAUCACCAGUUCUAUGGAUUGGAUGAACUGUCGAAUGAUUGCACAAAAUAAGCAGUCGCUAGCUGAAGAUCCAGUUGUGAAGGUGGCUGAGAUAAGGAGCAAGAUUAAGGAAAUGGAAACCUUUUGUGACCCUAUUGUUAACAAACCAAAGCCUAAAGUUGAGUCACCUCCAGAAAAGGAGGAAGGAAAGACCAAUGGACCAGUUAAUGGGCAGAAUGGGACUGAACCAAAGUCUGAACCAACUGGCGCAGCUGGUGACAACCCCAAGCAAACCAAGCAGCAAAAUCCAACAGAGACCCAGACCACAGAAAUGGAAGUAGACUGAAUAUUGCUGCCUCCUUUCCAAAAGAGUCCUUUGUGUCUGUCAUCUCAGGCACUACAAUUUUUGUUGUAUGUCUAGCUUUUCAUGGCACAAAUUCAGUUAUUCUCAAAUGUAACUAGCUCAGUGGUUCAAUGUCAUUAGUAUUAAAAUAGUGAAAAUAAGUAGCCUCUCAGAUUGGCUAAAUAGUUUAAAUGUGGUAAUGGUGUCUGUUAGCUGCAGGUCUAUAUUCUACAAUCUUUUCAUGGAGAGUACUUUUCAUACCCAAUUUACAAACGCCGGAUUUCUGAAAAUAAAGGAGGCAUUUCAGUACUGAGAA